GGGAAUCCCCAAAAAUAUGGCUUCCAAAGGAACACAUGCUCUGUCUCUUCGGAUACUGGCAGAGUGUAAAACUACAAAAGCUAGGACAUGCAAGUUACAUUUACCCCAUUACGUGGUAGACACGCCUGUGUUUAUGCCAGUCGGAACACAGGGUACUUUGAAAGGUCUCGUCCCGGAACAGCUCGAAGAGUUAGAUUGUAAAAUAAUGUUGGGGAAUACCUACCAUCUAGGCAACAGACCGGGUCAUGAACUGUUGAAGAAAGCAGGAGGCCUGCAUAAUUUUAUGAAGUGGAACAGAUGCUUACUGACGGACAGUGGUGGAUUCCAGAUGGUGUCGCUACUGAAGCUGGCUGAAAUAACAGAGGAAGGAGUGAAAUUUCAGUCUCCCCAUGAUGACUCGGAGAUGAUGCUCACCCCUGAAAUGUCCAUCCAGAUACAAAAUGCUAUUGGUGCUGAUAUAAUUAUGCAGUUGGACGAUGUGGUCCACAGUUGUGUAACUGGACCCAGAGUAGAGGAGGCUAUGUACAGAACCAUAAGAUGGUUGGAUAGAUGUUUGAAGGCCCAUCAGAGACCACAUGACCAAAACAUUUUCCCCAUUGUACAAGGAGGACUGUACCCAGAGCUUCGCAAGAAAUGUGUUCAAGAGCUGAUAAAACGAGAGGUUCCUGGCUAUGCUAUAGGGGGGUUGAGUGGGGGAGAGAGUAAGGACGACUUUUGGAGAAUGGUCACAUUGUCUACAGAAUAUCUACCAAAGGACAAACCCAGAUACCUGAUGGGGGUGGGGUUUGCUGUUGACCUUGUGGUCUGUGUGGCCUUGGGAUGUGACAUGUUUGACUGUGUGUUCCCAACAAGAACAGCUAGAUUUGGAAAUGCUUUGGUGCCAACUGGUAAUCUCUCGCUGAAGAAUAAGAAGUACGCUAAGGACUUCAGUCCUAUUGAUGAUCAGUGCCCAUGCUCUACCUGUAAACAGUACACACGUGCUUACCUACACACCAUUGUUACCAACGAGACCGUCUCCUGUCAGUUGUUGUCUGUACACAAUGUCGCGUACCAGCUAACACUGAUGACCGGCAUACAACAGAGUAUUGUAGAGGACAGAUUCCCACAGUUAAUACAGGACUUCUUUGAUAAACAGUUUCCUGAUACAGACUAUCCCCAGUGGGCUGUGGACGCUUUAGCAUCAGUUAAUGUCAACAUCAAGAAAAGUUGACACUGAACAAUUGAUAGGAGUAUCCAAUUUGUAUGUUAACAAAAGUGUCAGUCAACUGCUGUAGUAUCUAUUUCUAAGCAUAGAAGCGCUGUUUAAACUGACUGGGAAUGUCAGUACGAAAACAUAAAUCAUAAAUGUUUAGAUGUGGUGAAACCUGUCUGAACAGGACAUCAUCAGGACAACUGGGAAAAGACAGUUUGUCAGAUAAACAAGGUCCAAGAUACAGAGAUAUGUAUACAGCAGGACCAUUGAGGAAACAAAUUUCUAAUCCCUACUCCUAACAGGUUGUGGAAUGCACAAUUUUCAACGAGGUGAUUGCAAAUAAAAUCCCUAGCUUUUAUACAAGUUAUUCCCAAUUUAUUGGAUUUUACUAGAAUAUGAUGUUGAUGAUCUAUGAACACUAUUCACACUAGUAAUGGGGACUCCUAAUUAAGGCAAGGUUGAAGCCCACAAGAUGAAGGAUGCAUCAACAGUAAAGAUUCUUAUCAUUUUGUAGUUUAAUAACGUAAUUUGGAGAAAAUGUGCAAUAAAAAUGGAAUCAUU